GUCAACGCAUCUAUUCUGAGAGCUCUGCUGCUAGCAGCAGUUAUUAUCGCGCUUUAUUAGUUAUAUGCAUUUUCUACAUUUCUUGCUGCCUGCACUAAAUGUUUAGUGAGACAUUGUUUAGUGAGACAACGCAUUGUUAGUGAGCAGUAUACAACUUCUUUUUUGCCGUCGCUAUAACUGACCACUGGUAGUUAUUCUCUUCGCCUUACAUUAAGGGUGUACAAAAAUAACGUAAAAGGGAUAAUGUCUCUUGAACACUCCAAACGCAAACGUGCUAAUAUAAAACGCAAUAUAUCACGCAUUAAAUCUAUAGUUGAGGGAUCAAAAGACUUUGAUGAAAAGCCUUCACAUGCGGAGUUGCAAUGCCGACUGGGAAUACUAGAGUCAUACUUUAAACAAGCACUCUCAGUUCAAGCUGACAUUGAAGAUUUGGAUCCAUCAGACACAGGUCGCGCAGAUUUAGAGGAUAGCUAUGUCACAGCCAAACUUUGCAUUCAAGCACAACUUGGGGACGAAGGAAACGUUACAAUUAAUUACCCCGAGACAACAGCUCCAACACCUGUUUCCACGCCAUCAUUCUUGCCAAGGUUGUCGCUGCCUAUUUUCAGCGGGAAUUAUGCAGAAUACAAAAACUUUAUUGCAUCUUUUACUCAACUUGUCGCUCGGGAACCUAGACUUUCCAAUAUAGAACGAUUUAAUUAUUUGUUGUCGUGUCUUAAAGGUUCAGCCCUGGAAACCGUAAGAGCCUUCCAGGUAACCAGCGAAAACUACCCGAAAGCUUUAGAUAGACUCAGGGAACGCUUCGAUAAUCCCACUCUGAUUUUUUUGGAAGGAAUUACCUCCUUAUUUACGCUGCAAACAGCCGAUAAAUCAAACUAUCAACAAUUGCGUAGUUUGAUUGACAAGGCAUCAGCUAUAUUCAGUUCGUUAGAAUCGUUGGGCACGAGCUCCAACAUCGCACAAGCAAUGCUGAUUUACAUUGUCAUUGGAAAAUGUGAUCAGCAAACUCGCAACAAAUGGAAUGAAUCGCUAGACUACAAAUCGCUUCCAACUUGGAUACAAUGCACCCAAGUUUUAGAACGCCAUUGUCAGUUUUUGCAUUCAUCCGACUCCUCGUCACAUCAUAAGUUCGAGUCCACCAAACCAAUUCGGAUUACUACCCGUGGACAAAACUCAUCAUUCGCCAUCACUAAGCCUUCUUGUGUUCUUUGCUCUAGCGAUAAACACAAAAUCAUUGGAUGUUCUCAAUUUAAGGACAUGAACACGAAUCAACGCUACGAUGCUGCCAAGAAAUACGACCUCUGUAUCAAUUGUCUGAGCAAUGGUCACAGAGUAGCUCAGUGUGCGUCGAAGCAUCGCUGCCGCUCCUGUAACAGAACGCAUCAUACGCUCUUGCAUCAUGACAACGCGACUCUGCCUACACUUGCAAGUCCAACAUCUCUUCCUGUUUCGCAAUCGUUUCAACCAUCAUCAUCAUGUUCAACCAAACCUCAUACAUACAACCAACUAGCUGCCACGCAUUCGCAUAUGGAGACAUCGGAUCACGGGCAGGUCAUUUUAGCAACAGCUUUAGUUUUAGUUAAAGAUUCAACGGGUGCGUACAAGCUUGGAAGAGCUCUUCUCGACUCAUGUUCUCAAGUGAAUUUCAUGACCGAUGAGUUCGCACAAAGGCUUCACCUUCGUCGAGAAAAGUAUCACAUUGGCAUUCGCAGCAUAGGUGACUCAGUUACCAACCUUAAAGCUCGAACCACCACAACAAUUAAGUCACGUACAUCAGCAUUUCAACUUUCGCUCCAGUUUGGUAUCACACCCCAUAUUGCAUACCAACCUGAUGCUGAAAUUGACACAAUAAACUGGAAUUUGCCAGCCAACACAACUUUGGCUGACGAAACGUUCUUCAAACCUCGACGCAUCGAUCUGUUGCUUGGAACAGAGGCAUUUUUUGAAGCUCUCGCUGUUGUUCAAAUAAAUCUUGGCCAAAAUUUACCUACAUUGCAAAAAACAUUAUUUGGCUGGGUGGUUUCUGGAAGAUACCAGUCCAAGCACUGUACGCCUUCAAAGUCAUGUCUGCUAUUUCGCGAAGACUCUAUUGACGCAAACAUGCAACGCCUUUGGGAGCUCGAAACUGUUGACUGCAAACCCAACCCUAUUUCAUCUGAUCAUCGCAUUUGUGAACGUCAUUUUAUAGCCACAACACAUCAAGAUACUACUGGACGCAUAAUUGUGAGGCUGCCAUUUAAGGACAAUCCAGCUGCACUUGGAGCCUCAUACGACAUCGCUCGUCGCCGAUUCCUAGCAAUAGAACGCCGUCUGUCGCAUUCGCCAGACACUUAUUCCCAGUACGUCUCGUUCAUGGAAGAAUACGAACGUCUUGGUCACAUGUCUGUAGUAAAAGCGCCGAAAUUAGAUGAACCACACUAUUACAUUCCACAUCACUGCGUACUGAAACCUACAAGCGCAUCAACAAAGUUACGAGUAGUGUUUGACGCCUCUUGCCAAACUACGACACAAACAUCGCUAAAUGACUUACUUUUAGUCGGACCAACUAUCCAAACAGAGCUGUACAUGUUGCUUCUGCGCUUCCGUUUAUAUCGUUACGCUAUCACCGCAGAUGUCACUAAAAUGUACAGGCAAGUAUCCUUGAAUAAAAAUGAUCGUAAAUUUCAUUACAUUCUUUGGCGAGCUUCUGCAGACGCAGAUCUUCUCACAUACCAGCUCAACACUGUGACAUAUGGUACCGCCUCAGCCCCAUAUCUAGCAGUGCGAAGCCUUCACUAUUUAGCAGAUAAGCAUAUGGCAGAAUUUCCAAUUGGCGCCGCGGCUGUAAAGACUUCGUUCUAUGUCGAUGAUUUUCUAUGUGGUGCGGAUGACACAGAUGCCUUACACACAUUAAAGAAAGAAGUUAUUGAGAUACUUCGACGCGGACAGUUUCCUCUAUCCAAGUGGCAUUCCAAUCACCCAGAUUUCAUGGAAGGCCAAAAUAUGAAAGAACUAUGCGUUACUGACGAUUUUACAUCAAGUGCACUUGGGGUGACUUGGAAUCAACGCAACGACACGUUGUUAUUUUCAUUCACACCAAAGCAAGUUCACAAGUCUGUCACAAAACGCACAAUACUGUCUAUCGCUUCAUCGCUGUUCGAUCCACUUGGAGUGCUCUCACCAGUCGUGAUAACCUCAAAAAUAAUUAUGCAGGAAUUGUGGCUGCUAAAAUUAGAUUGGGACGAGUCGGUUCCUCAACAUAUACACCAAGCCUGGAAUUGUUGCUUAGCAUCUCUAAACUCGCUUUCAUCACUCAGCCUGCCUCGUUAUUGUCUGCUACCAAAUGCUCGCGACAUACAGUUGCAUGGUUUUUGCGACGCAUCAAUUCGGGCAUACGGUUCGGCAAUUUACAUACGCGUAGAAGACUCUGACGGAAAGGUUGCUGUGCAUUUAUUAACGUCGAAAUCAAGGGUCGCACCAGUAAAAAAGCAGUCUCUUCCAAAACUCGAACUUUGCGGUGCCCACCUUCUCGCUUGCCUUUCUACAUUGGAUAAAACAACACUCUGUUACGCUGUCAACGUUCGUGGGCAACAGGGUAUCUGACAUACAGGAAUUGACC